GGAGUCGGUAGCAAGUGACCAGAGCCCGACGAGAAUCACGAAGGAAUACUUCAACAGCAACAAUCCCCCACCUCAGAAUAAUCAUGACAAGAUCAAGCGUGAACUCCGACCUCAUGCGUCGACCCCGAAACAUGGGGGUUCUCUCCACGCUCCUCCUGCCCUGCAUCCAGGUGCGCAAGCUGCGACGCUCGCGCCGCCAACGUGAUCACCAUACCUCGUGGUCCUGCGCGGGAAUCCCCGAGUUUGAGGAGCAGCACCAGCACCAGCAGCAACUUCAGGGAACCACCGAGAAAGAACUUCAUAACCAAGACACCGAAGGGUACACGGAGCUUUCGAGCUUCCCCGAGAAACCACAACAAGCCGCAACAACAGCAGCAACAACAACAACGCUGACGCACACGAAGUCCAUUCGCCUGGUCAGCUGUGCGGACUCGGAAUGCUCGACGCUGGGGCCGGACGAUGGUCCGAUUCUGGAGAAGGAUGACGAGGCCGGGGACCAGGAGAGGGAGGAUUUCCUGGCGGGCAAGGAGAGCGCGUCCGAGAAUGGGAAUGCGACUAUGUUGUCGUUGCUGUCGGAUGAGGAGACGGAUGUGGAACAGUCGAGUGGUGGCGGCAGUCCGCCGCUGGUGCAGAAGGUCAUUGCCAUGGAGGUGGUCCCGUCUUCACGGCCGCCAUCGCGCGCUGGCGCUGGUACUCCAAAAAGCAAAGAUGAUCUUGAUCUGGAGCUGGCGAGCCGUCGGGUCCCCCAAAUUCCAGCGGCUGAUCGACGGCCCCGGCCGGCGAGUAUGGAGGUUCACUCUUCUACCGGGGGCGCGCUGAAGCUUCCCGAGAUCAAGAGUCGGAUGAUCGACGAUAUUCCGGAGGAUGUCGAGGGGGAGAUCGUCGGCGUCAAGGUCCGGCCGUUGAGGCAGGCUGCGAGGAAGAGUGCGGUUCUGAAACCGACGGUUCAGGAAGAGGAGGAGGAGGAGGAGGAGGAGGAUGAAGAUGACAAGAAACGCUCCUCAACCUGGCGACUCAGUCAACGCAAGUCAAUGAUCGAGCUUUUCAGUCUUCUUCAAUCCACCGCAGCAGCCGUCGCCGCGGCCCCGAAGUUCUCGAACCUCAAACUACCUCUCACUCAGAGGUCGCCCUUCCGCUUCUCCACCAACGCCGUCGUCGAUGAAUCGCCCUCCUCGAAAACCAAGCUCCCCUCCCCAACACCACCCACGCCUCCCCCGAAAUCCCCCAAACAACUCCUCCAACAACGGCCCCUCCCGCAGACCCCGCAACGCAAGCCCCGACACAGCAGCUUCCAAGAGCAAAUCUCACCCCCAACGGUAACCUACCGCACCACUCCAAGCCCAAGUCCCACCAAGAAACAACGCCGAAUGGGCACCGUCCUCUUUCCUCUAACCUCCUCCUUCCGUCCCAGCGGUGGUAACAACAACAACAACAACAACAACAGCUCAGACGUGACGACGAUUCCGACAACCAACCCUCCCUCCCCUUCCCGUCGUCAGUCUCAUCUCCAAAAAAAUGCACAGACUCUUUUUUGCUAGCCACGGAGUUCGGGGUACCGGUGCAGGGGUUCGGGUUCUCUUUUGUUGGUGUCUAUGGUCUAUCUCGGGGGGGUUGGUCGCUUCUUUAUUGAGGGCUUUGUUCGGCUUCUGAGGACUUUUCUGUUACUUGUAACCCAAGUUUUCCCCCCUGUAUCACUUUUGGGUUUUCUCUUCUCUUCCAUGGUGUAUUUACUUUCUUUGAGGUGAUUGUAUCAUCUGUUUUUAUGGGGGUGUCUACUUUCUUUAGCUGUGUGUGUGUGUCGAUUAGUUCCGGGCCUGAUUGUUAGUUAUUUGUUGAUCGAGUCUGGGGUGUACCUUCUAGGGUUCUAUUUCUGUGACAGUUGCUGGGUAGGAUGACUACGUAUC